UUCUCGGUGGAGGAGCUGUACGGCUUCGGCAAGAAACCAAAGGUCAACAGAGGGAAUUGUGGGAAAGCGCAGAAAGAUGGCGGCAGGAAGGAGGAGAGGGAGAAGGAGGAGAGGGAGAAGGAGGAGAGCGAGCUGGCGGCGAGGAUCCUGGAGGCGGCGAGGAGGCUGAUGGAGACCCGGCGGCUGGAGAUCUACCUGCAGGAGUGUGACAUCAGCAUGGAGGGGCGGAGCAUGGCCUACAGGAACCUGGGCAAGUCUGGACUCCGAGUGUCCUGCCUGGGACUGGGAACGUGGGUAACGUUUGGAUCUCAGAUAUCUGAUGAGAUGGCGGACAGUGUGAUGACAGCAGCUUAUGACAGUGGAGUCAAUCUGUUUGACACAGCAGAGGUCUACGCUUCAGGGAGAGCAGAGACGACUCUGGGAAACAUCCUGAAGAAAAAAGGAUGGAGGAGGUCCAGCUAUGUGAUCACCACCAAGCUGUACUGGGGAGGACAGGCAGAGACGGAGCGCGGACUGUCCCGAAAACACAUCAUUGAAGGUCUGCGAGGGUCUCUGUCCAGGUUACAGCUGGACUACGUGGACAUCGUCUUCGCCAACAGGAGCGACAUCAACGCUCCCAUGGAGGAAAUUGUGCGAGCGAUGACCUUCGUGAUCGAUCAGGGUUUGGCCAUGUACUGGGGAACGUCCCGGUGGAACGUGGUGGAGAUCAUGGAGGCGUACUCCGUGGCCCGGCAGUUCAACCUGGUUCCUCCGGUGUGCGAACAGGCCGAGUACCACUACUUCCAGAGAGACAAGGUGGAGCUGCAGCUGCCAGAGCUCUACCACAAGAUCGGGGUCGGAGCCAUGACCUGGUCUCCUCUGGCCGGCGGUCUGCUGACCGGGAAAUACAACGAGGGCGUUCCCCAGAGCUCCAGGGCCGCCAUGAAGGGCUACUCCUGGCUGCAGGAGCGUCUCUACAGCGAUGAAGGGAAGAAGCAGCUCAGUAAGAUCAAAGAGCUCCACCUGCUGGCGGGAAGGAUGAACUGCACCGCAGCGCAGCUGGCCAUAGCCUGGUGUCUCCGCAGUGAGGGGGUCAGCUCGGUUCUUCUCGGGGUUUCAAACACGGAACAACUUCUGGAGAACCUGGGCUCCAUCAGGGUGCUGUCUCAGCUGACUCCGCCCCUCAUCGCAGAGAUGGACGCGUUGCUAGGCAACAAACCACGCACCGGCAAGAAAGAGGGGCGGAGCUGAGAG